UACAGAUGAUCAAUGAGGUUAUAGAGGAUGUCGGAGAGGAGAACAUCGUGCAGGUAACAAAUAAAUAUUCUAUUGAAGUAUUAACAUUAUUCUACACACACAUAUAUUGAAGUAGUGACUAAUUGUUUUUUACUUAUACUAGUUUGUCACCGAUAAUGGGUCCAACUUUAAAGCUGCUGGAAAAAUCUUGGAAGAACAAUAUCCUCAGAUGUUUUGGACACCAUGCGCAGCACAUUGCGUGAAUCUUAUGAUAGGAGAUGUCGGAGAGAAAAUUCCGAAGAUUAAAAGUGUGUUAGCUGAUGCGAGAGCGGUAGUGGUUUAUAUUUAUAACCACAGAAGGAUUUUGAAUAUGAUGCGAAUGCUUACUAAAAAUAGAGAACUGCAUCGGUCAUGUGUUACAAGGUUCGCAACACAAUUCUACACCAUUCAGAGCAUCCAUGAGAAUCGGCAUUAUCUCCAAGUGCUAUUUGUUUCUGAACAAUGGAGGAAGAGUGACUUUGCCAAGAAACUCAUCGGAAAAAGAAUUGAACGAAUAAUAGCUAGGCAAGAGUUUUGGGACAAUAUUUAUCUUGCUUGUCAGGUAUUGGCACCGUUGGUUGAUGUUGUUCGGUUGGUUGAUACGGAGGAGAAGCCGUGUAUGGGCUAUAUAUACGAUGAUAUGGAGAGAGCUAAAGAUCAAAUUAAGAAGAACUUGACUGACACCGUUCACGAAAGACUGAUCACUAAAGUGUGGUCAAUGAUUCAAGCACGAUGGAGUGACCAACUUCAUCAUCCUUUGCAUGCCGCCGGAUAUUACAUCAACCCCGCCAUUUAUUAUGCACAAGAUUCAGAUGUUGAGAAUAAUAGAUACAUCAAGACGGGACUAUACGAGUUGCACUCUAAGAAGAGAAAUUGCCUUUUGCAAAAGAAGUUGAAUGAUCUUGUCUUCAUUCAAUAUAACAAAAGAUUGGAGAGGCGCUACAAAUCUCUUAAGGAUAGCAAGUCUUCAAAUCUUAUUUUCUUGAGAGAUGUUGAAGAAAAUGAUGAAUGGAUGGUUCCAACCGACGUUGAGCUCCAAGAGUUUGUGGAUGCAAGAGAUGGCCUCCUUUGGUCGGAUGUACGAGAAGCAAUGGGAGGUAAUGAAGAAGUUGGACCAAGUACAAGAAGUAAAAGGGAGCGCUAUAGAGAUGAUGAUGAUGAUCAUCACUUUGGAGAUGAAGGGGAAGAAGAGGAAGAUUGGGAAGCUAACCUAAACGAAGAAGUGAAUGUAUUGGAUGAUGUUGACUCGGAUGCCGAACCUAUUGCUUGCGAUUAG